CAUCCCGACCCUCCAACCCCCUCAAGUUCACGAGACGAACACAUCAGUGUCCUUGGCCAAAUUUUUUCUAUUGGAUCUUUUUCAUGGGUGUGUUCAUUAUUAAUCAGCCCUUUUGAAUUUGUGUCAUGGACUGCGGUAGAAUGAAUAUGGUUACAGGCGAGUUUCUCUAAGCCUUCCUCUCAGCUCCUAUCUCCUUCGUGUUGGUAUUGUCGUUUAGGGCGCUGCAACAGCAUUUCAUUGCCUCCGGAUCGUCCGCAUCUUCAUUCGCCUGGUCAUCAGUGUUGCAAGUUUGACAUGGGACUGAGUACUACAUCAUCCAAGGUCUCAUGGACUGUUCAAGGAAUUGCCAGAUUGAUACGCCUAGCAUGUGGCAUGCUGCUCGCCGACCCCCCUCAUUCUCGAGUGACUACGGAAAUCCGAACCACCGCGUCAAUUAAAAUGGCUGGGUUUAUCUACGUCAGUGUAAUGUCUGAUUUGCUUGUCUACUGCAAGCAUACACAUGCCCAGUGCUUCAAACUACUUCAGCCGCCUUGCUGUGGCGAACAGGUUAUGCCGCGGCGGUUGGAUAUCGCCUACCCGCCUCGAAGCAUCCUUGCACAUUUUGCGAAUCAAAGCUCACAAAGGGAACCUAAAUCGAAGCCAAAAUAUACGCUGUGUAGCGUUAGUUGUUCCUUGGUUCGCGAUCCUUGACAACUGGCAGCACUAUACAAGCAUCUAAGCUCCUCAAGGCUAACGAGAAUAGCGCUGAUGGGAGACGCUAGCUACCACGUGAGGACUUACACGAAACCACAGGCCGGUCCUCGUCAUGGAAGCUUAAUACCAGAAGAGCACCCCUCAGAGACUUUUAAAUGAAAAUUUACAAGUUGCAAAGGCGCCGUUGAUGGUCUUUGUCGUUCCCAAUGACCGCCGAAGUUCCGAACUCACUGAACUGGGUCUCCUUCAUCACGGGGAUCCUCUCCUUCGGUCUGACAGUCCUCAACUUGAUCGCCUUAUACGCCAACUUUGUCACCACCAUCCGGUCCGCUCCCACCGACAUCCGAGACUCAUUGGGAAACCUCCGACAGCAGCUAUGUGAAGAGCGCGAGGCCCUGCGCCACCAGACCAAGGAGAUCCGCGCCCAGGGCAAACUCCGCCACCGCAUCGUAAACAUCGGCGGAAAGCUCGCCAACCGCGAGGCCCGCAGAGCGCUUUCCUACGCCGAGCAGACACUUCCUCUUCACUACAUCACUCUGCGCGACCUCUGGCGCACCUUCAAGGACAUUGAGCGGCCGUUCCUCGUCGCCAGCGGGCACCGCGCCGAGGCCAUCCACAACGGCGCGGCCUGGGUUGAGGGCGACCUCGACGAAAAGGUCCGCACUGACUUUGAGAGACACGGCGAGUCGGGCAGCUUUGCGGACUGGAGUGCGCUGUACAAGUGCGACUUUGCGCACCGGUUCAUUUGGUGGCAGGUCAAGGACGACGUGAGGAGGUUGUCGGAUGAGGUCGGGCGGAUCAUGGCGCGGCGGACGGAGCGGGAGGUCACUUAUAUCCGGAUUAUGGUCAAACAAAUAUUCCAGAGUGACGGGCCUCCCCAGAUUAUCGACGUGCAUCCGCGGCGUCCCCCAGGAGGCGGCGGUGGAGGCGGGGCGGCCAGGAGACGGACGAGCUGGGCCCAGGGGCCUGUCCGAAGGAGCCCUGCCCCGGUGAGGAGUCCGGUUUCUGUGAGGAAAAGCCCCGUCCCCGUGCAAAGUCCACAUUGCGAUUGGUGCGCAAGGCACGCAGAAGAGGGCUCGUCUUCCAGUGAGAGCAGCGAUACCGACAACCGGAAGAGCCGCAGGGGCAUGGACGUGCCCAGACGGAGGGAUGGCAGUCCCAGCGAGAGCCAGCACGGCCGUCCGAGGAGCGACGCCGCCACCGUGGGAAAGCAACAGCACCGCCCCCGGCCUCAGCAGCAGACUUCCAGGAACAGGUGGGAGCAGUUCCGGAGUAGGCCCGCGAGGCAGUACGACAUCAGAGAGUAUUUCGAGGGUCGGGGUCGAGAUCAUUCGAGGAUCGUGGAGGUGAUUCCUGGGAGUGAGAUUGACUACUUCUCCUCCCAUCCGCAGCGUGAGGGCGGGGGGGAAUGAUGGGACGGGUU